AUGCCGGCCAUGCCGCCGGUGCAGGUGACGAGCGGGAACAAGGAGAUGUGGCCCCCGCCCUCCUGCCAGGCUGGGCUGCCGCCGGUGGGCGCGCCUCCUUUGACAGGCGCGCAUGGCCAGCCCGAGACCUUCUCUUCGGAGACGGCGGAUCGGGAUCCCGAACUUGGGCCGCCGCACAGCGCUGCUAAAGAGCGGCACUUCGCCCCAGAACGCUCCCAGCCCUCCCAGCCGGUCGCACCAGCUCCAAGUGGCAGCGGUGGAGGUUCCAUGCAGACGCAGCCGGCCUGGGGCUACCCAGGCGGAAUCGGCGUCGUCCAGAGCAAGACGACGACUUCCAGUCGCGGCUCCAUGGGAAUGCCAUCCUUGCCGGCCGCCUGGGCCGACCAUCUGCCGGCACAACCAGCUGUGUCGAUUCCUUGGACGAAACCUUCAGGAUCUUCACCUCCAGGUGCCCAGCCGGAGUGCGGAGUUCUAGAAGCUCAAACAGAAACCGGCCAGAGCGAUGCGACUCAGCUGCCACAGGGUUGGGCCAACGCCAUGGAUCCUGCACAGGCCGAGGCCGCACCAGAAUCCGAGGCUGCGUCGCCUGAGCAUGUUGAUAGCGAGCUCGUCGAGACCACUGAGCCGGAUGCUGGCAAGGACGAGGACGACGCCUUAUGCCCCGAAGCACUGCUGAAGAAUUUGAAGGCCGCUCGCAAGGCUUUGCUUUGGGAGCGAGCGGUCGCGCAAAGGUUGCGCAAGGCCUUGGACAUGGCAGAGGCGUGGGCACCUGCUGACGAGACAGCCGGUGAAGUGUCGGAGGUCAGCAAAUUGCAAGCCACCAUAGCGCUGCAGAAACAAGAGAUUGCAGAACUACAGCAAUCGGCGCAGGACAAACUUCCAAUCUCCGAGCCCGAGGCUGUGAGUGAGGAAUGGAAGGAUAGGCUGCGCAAUGCCGAGGAGUCUCUAGCUGGUGCUUCUCAAGAAGCGAAAAAGUGGAAAGAGACAUGUGCCAGCAUGGAGGAGAAGGCAAAAAGUGCAGAGGAUGCUUCUGCCACCAUCAGGGAAUCCGUCCGACAACUGCGCGAAAAGUUGGCGGAGGCAGCCGCCCGGGAUGCUGCGAUGCAAGCAGACCAGGCUGCCGCAGCUUCUGAUGCGUCCGCGCUGAGAGACCAGCUGAGGAAGCAGGAGGACGAGACGGCAUCUGCGAUCCGCGACGCAGUCGAGGAGCUUCGCGAGAAGCUGAAAGUCGCAGAGGCUGACCAAGUAUUGAAGUCGGAAGGCGCAUCUUGCAGUUUGCCCUGCAAAGAGGCCGCGUCACAGUCUGCUGAGAAGAAGGCUGCCGAGGAGGCUGCGGCAGCUUCUGAUGCGUCCGCGCUGAGAGACCAGCUGAGGAAGCAGGAGGACGAGACGGCAUCUGCGAUCCGCGACGCAGUCGAGGAGCUUCGCGAGAAGCUGAAAGUCGCAGAGGCCGCGUCACAGUCUGCUGAGAAGAAGGCUGCCGAAGAGGCUGCGGCAGCUUCUGAUGCGUCCGCGCUGAGAGACCAGCUGAGGAAGCAGGAGGACGAGACGGCAUCUGCGAUCCGCGACGCAGUCGAGGAGCUUCGCGAGAAGCUGAAAGUCGCAGAGGCCGCGUCACAGUCUGCUGAGAAGAAGGCUGCCGAGGAGGCUGCGGCAGCUUCUGAUGCAUCCGCGGUGAGGGACCAGCUGAGGAAGCAGGAGGUCGCCACGGCAUCUGCGAUCCGAGAUGGGGUCGGGGCGCUUCGCGAGAAGCUGAAAGUCGCAGAGGCUGCAGCUGCUUCCGAGACAUCCGCCUUGCGAGAGCAGGUCAAGAAGCUUGAGGCAGCGACGCAGCAGGACAACGCGCAAAAGGCAGCCGACGAGGCUGCGGCUGCUGCCGAAACGUCCGCGCUGCGAGAGCAGGUCAAGCAGCUGGAGGCAGAUUCACAGCGGGACAACACGCAGAAGGCAGCAGACGAGGCUGCAGCUGCUGCCGAAACGUCCACCCUGCGAGAGCAGGUCAAGCAGCUCGAGGCAGCAUCGCAGCAAGACAGCGCGCAGAAGGCAGCCGACGAGGCUGCGGCUGCUGCCGAAACGUCCGCGCUGCGAGAGCAGGUCAAGCAGCUGGAGGCAGAUUCACAGCGGGACAACACGCAGAAGGCAGCAGACGAGGCUGCAGCUGCUGCCGAAACGUCCACCCUGCGAGAGCAGGUCAAGCAGCUCGAGGCAGCAUCGCAGCAAGACAGCGCGCAGAAGGCAGCCGACGAGGCUGCGGCUGCUGCCGAAACGUCCGCGCUGCGAGAGCAGGUCAAGCAGCUGGAGGCAGCGUCACAGCAGGACAACGUGCGGAAGGAAGCAGACGAGGCUGCGGCUGCUGCCGAAACGUCCACGCUGCGAGAGCAGGUCAAGCAGCUCGAGGUGGCCCAGAAGGCAUCUGCUCAGGAGGCUGAAAGAAGCGAGGCUCAGUGUGCCGGCCUGCACAAGACGCUGCUGGACUCCGAAGCGGCUUCGGAGAAUCUGCGCCAGAAGCUUCGCCACUGGGAGGAAUCCACAGACUCGCCAGAGGGGACCACUGGCUUCGAGGCCGUGAAUCUGAGACACGUUCAAGCCGCUACUGGGCACCUGGAGAAGCUCAGCGUCGACCUCCGCGAAAAUUUGCGAAGGGCAGGCGAGUCUUCUGCGGACCAGGAGGCAUCAGUACACGACUUCGGCGUGAGGCUGCGGAGUGCGCAGGCCGCCGCAGCCGGCAAAGACGAGCAGGCAGCAGAGAUUUGGGCCCAGCUGAGGCACGUCGAGGCAAAUUCCGAGUCCCAGAAGUUGCCGGAGGCCUUGAUUGCAAAGUUGCGCGAAAUUGUGCCAGACAGCUGCGGCGGAGGAAGCAAAGAUGAAGCCUUCCAGGUGCGGUUGAAGCAUGUUGAGGCCGCCGCGGUAGAGACACAGGCGGCAUCAGCGAAGCUACAAGUUCAGCUGAGGCAUGCAGAGGCUUCCUCAGCCCACCUUGAGGAUGAAGUCCAGACGCUUCGCGUGCGACUGCGGCACGUGCCGUCGCGAGAGGUUGAGAACGCAGCUGUCCAGACAGAGCCGUCUAGUUCAGCGCACAAGGCUCGCAAAACCGUGCUCUUUGGCGCAGAGGAAAAGCAGUCGCUGCCUGGAAGUGUUGUUUCCGAGCAGCCCGAAGAAGAGGAAUUGGACGAAGACAAGCCUGCUAAGCGCAGGGAGAAAUCCCGGAUCAAGUCGGUGGAUUUCCAGAGGGCAGGAUCAGCGGUGUCCUAUGUCCUCGAGUCCGAAGAAGAGCAGUCUGCAAGUGAUAGAGAUGAGCCGAUGACCUCCAGAAUGUCUACAAUGUCGCAAGUCUCUGCGGUGUCUGAGUACUAUGACACUUACAACGAGACCUCGCAGCCCUGCAAAAGGAGGAGCCGUGGUCGGUCUACCUUGGAGACCUACGACGAAGAGGACCUCUGGGAUCCGGAGCACGUCGCCCGGAUCACCCGGAAGCUCUUCCUGAAGCAUGACAAGGACGGGACGGGCCGCAUCGAGUGGUCGUCUGGCGAGGCCAUCAAGUUCCUGGAGGAGUUCUUCUGGUUGCACAAACAGCCGCCUCCGAAGAUACCGAAGCCUGCUUUUCACAGCCUCUACACGCAGGUAAAGAUGGACAGCAAGCCCUCAGGCUUCACGGAUGAGGACAUCGACGCUACGGGGCUCAACGUGGAGGAGAUGACCGCCUUCGCAUCCAAGGUCCACCAAUUCGUGUACAAACAGCUGGGCAAAGAGAUGAGGGCACAGCGCAAGAGCUUCGCCAUCAGCACGGGCGACACAGAAGUGUUAAAGCAGCUCUCGAAGCAGGAGGCCGCCCAUGAGUCCAGCCGCCGCCCAGGGCAUCGCCGAGCCACUCUGGGUGGGAGCAAGCUGCAGGACCUGGCCGCGGGUGAUGCUGAGGAAGAGGCACCGCACCAGCGCAUGACCCAGAGACGGGCUACUCUUGGCGGAGCUCGGUUGCAGGACGCGGCUCUCGUCGGUGGCGCUGAAGAUGGCGAGGCGCCCUUCCAGCGGCUGGCGCAGCGGCGCGCCACGCGCGUUGGCGUGAACUUGCGGGAGAUGAUGGCAGCGGAAGACGGCGGCCAAGGAAGUGAUCGUGAAUGA